AUGUUAUCGUUUCCACUGUCUGCCUGGAUACGGGCCCACACAUGCAGCCACUACAUAUACUCCAAGACAAACCGCAUCUCGAUCAUCGUGGCCCGCGAAUUAAGAUCCAGCGCCGAAGAUGUCCUCACAAGUCGUGCAGUACUGGCCACUGAUCUUGAUGCACCUCCUGCUGUCAUCCAGCAGCGGGGCGACGGCCGGGAAGGUCCCCGCGAUCAUCGUGUUCGGGGACUCCACGGUGGAUCCCGGCAACAACGACUACAUCCCCACCGUCGCUAAGGGCAACUUCCCGCCGUACGGGCGCGACUUCGAAGGCGGCGUCGCCACCGGCCGGUUCACCAACGGUCGCCUCGUCACCGACUUCAUGUCGGAGGCGCUCGGCUUGGGGACCUCCGUGCCGGCCUACCUCGACGGCAGCUACACCGUCGACCAGCUCGCUAGCGGCGUGAGCUUCGCUUCAGGUGGCACCGGGCUGGACGCUAUGACGGCAAAACUCGCAUCAGUGAUAUCAAUAAGUCAGCAGCUGGAAUACUUCAAGGAAUACAAGGAGAGGCUGAAGCAGGCCAAGGGCCAGGCCGUGGCCGACGAGAUCAUCGCCGAGGCGCUGUACAUCUUCAGCAUCGGCACAAACGAUUUCUUCGUGAACUACUACGUCAUGCCUCUCCGGGCCGCCAAGUACACGCCGACGGAGUACGCCACCUACCUGGUCGGCCUGGCCGAAGACGCCGUCCGCCACGCCUACGAGCUCGGCGCGCGCAAGGUCAUGCUCAGCGGCAUCCCGCCGUUCGGGUGCGUGCCGGCGGCGAGGACGAUGAACCGGGAUGCGCCGGGGGAGUGCAACGAGGAGUACAACCGGGUGGCGCAGAGCUACAACGCCGGGGUCCGGGACGCCGUGGUGAGGCUCGGCGCCGAGCUCGCCGGCGCGCGGGUGGUGUACCUGGACGUGUACGACGUGCCGUCCGCCAUCUUCGCCGACCCGUCGGAGUACGGCUUCGAGAACGUCGCGCGAGGCUGCUGCGGCACGGGGCUCAUCGAGACGACCGUCCUUUGCGGCAUGGACGAGGCUUUCACGUGUCAGGAUGCUGACAAGUACGUCUUCUUCGAUUCGGUCCAUCCUUCCCAGAGGACAUACAAGCUUUUAGCGGAAGAAAUUAUCAAAACUGCACUGCAAGAAUUCCUAGUAUGAUAUUUUGUAUACCUACGAUAUAUACUUAAAAAUUAAGGAAAUCAGAUACCAAUGGUAGGAAAGAGUAGAUUUUGUGCAGAUCCACCGUUGGUUUCCUGGAUAACAUGGACAUCUUAUAUGGGAAUUUUCUUUUACUUCAAGGGCAGUUUUAAUCCAAUAAAAGCAUCUCUAGCCAAACUUCUAAUAA